CGGAGAUCAUCUUGAAAUUCAAGAAAUUCAAUGCGAGCUCCGCAGCCCGCCGCGACUGCUGCGCCGCCCCGCGGCAGUUUGUGGUACUCCCACGCGCUGGGACUGGGAGCGACGGCGGCGACGGCGGCGGCGGGGCAGGAUCAGUUUGGGUUGUGCCGGCCGACGUGACGGCCGCCGCGGAGUGACGUGCCGUAAGGUGACGCCCGUGACGUGCCGUGAGGUGACGCCCGUGGCGACCCGCACAUCGUCACGGAUCGGUCCCGGAUCCAUGGCCGCGCGCUGUGACCCGCCGGCGUAUCAGUGACGUCACGCGAUAUAUCGACGGCGGUCCUUCACUCCGGCACGGUGGCGAUGCGUCUGUUCCGCCGGCGGGGGUCCGACUCGGCCCCCCAGCUGGUCAGCCUGGCGCCCCUGCAGCGGGACGAGGGCGGCGACCCGGAGGAUCCGGCCGCGCCGCCCCUCCUCCGACCCUCGGCCGACUUCCUGUCCGCUGACGAACAGCUGCGGAAAGAGUCGUCGACGUGGGGCCGCCGGGUGGGCCGCCGUCUGUCUCGUCUGACCCGGUCGGGCAGCAGCGAACAGAUCAGCGGCUCCAGCAGCUCGGGACGACGGCGGUGGCGCGUCUCCGACUCGUCCAACCGCGACCCCGACACCCAUAGUCUGCGCUCGGAGCGCCGGGUCCGGCUGGAUCGCGUCGAGAGCAUCCGCAACCUGUUCCGUCUGCCGGUGAUCCCCCGGCGCGCCGCCGCUCACGGGGGUCACGCAGGUCAGGGGUUCAGGGAGAGACGCGGCUCGGACGCCGGUCUGCCUCCGGAGCCAGCAGAGACGCCCCGACAGUCGAGGCCGGUCAAACGCAGCGUCAGUCUCUACAAGAGCGCCUCCACCAGUCAGCUGAAUGUCACCCCGCCCACCAUCAAGGACCUGAAGAAGCAGUCGUCUAGAACGCAGAACGCCGCCUGGAACCAGCCUGCCUACCUGCCAACAAAGACCAUGAGUUGUGAGAACAUGGUGGAUGUUGGCGAAAAGCGGGUACCGGGCUCCGAGAGAACUUCCAGACGAGGAGCAGGGGAGUCGGCGGGAGAAGGAGGCGGCUCAGCUGCGCGGAAAGGGAGGAUGACUAUCGGUGACAUCAGGUCCCGCAGUCACGAGGGUGUCCUGGGUGGCUCCCGAGGGCGACGGCUACCUCAGGCGCACGAGAUCAACAAAACAACGCCAGCCGGAAGCCGAACACAGAGUCCAGAAAAGGCGCCUGCUGUCCCGCCUUCACCCUCUCCAAGCAGCUCUCGGAUCGAGAAAUCCGCGAAGCUACCAGACAAUUCUAAUGUGAUAAAGACGGGCCCGCGGAAGCUGCCCCUGAACCAUGCUUGCUCUAACGAGAGUGGAUAUGACAGCGAUGGUACGAGACGUGGCGAGGAGUCACCUUCCGGUAGCACCCGGGGGAUCAACGCCAGGCGCUCCUCAGGAGAAGAGAGUCCCAGUGGCUCCACCAAGAGCUUUGGUGAUGUCAGCUCAAGUUCACUCGAAGCGACGCGAUUGGGCACUUCAUCUUCGGAUGAUGAGUUCAACAAGCCACAGGGAGCCCGACCUAAAACAUACAACAGCUCGCGAAGUCAGGAAGACGAGUCACCUUUCGCUACCCAGGAUAAUGAUACGAUUCUGCGGCAGCCGAAAGACAGGAAGGUGAUGGAUGUGAAUGGUAUCCAGAUCAGCACCGAGAAGAUUGUUGCUCAACGCAGAUAUAUGCAGUACAAGAAACGUCCAACGAAGCCUCCAAGGAAGUCACUCGCGAAAGAAGAGAACAACGAACUCUCAUCUCCGACAUCACGGCACUUUGACCAUGGCUCUUAUGAAGAGAUCUUGUCAGAACCGGAGCUCAUUCACUCUGCCAGACAUCCAGAGGUACCCCGUCGGAAGCGGAGUGUCGAGAACCCGCGCGAGCUGUACCACUUCCCUGGGCUGCGUCCCGAGCGACGGGACCUACCGGACUCCGGGAGACCGCCCCGCUACGCGCAGCCCCGCUCCCGCUCUGAGGGACACCCUCGCCAGGAGAGCUAUCCACAGGAGCGGGUGAACAGCUACCAUCAUCCGAGACUGGAGAACUAUCCGCCCCAGCGUCUGGAUGGGUUUCCAGUGCCUUUCGGGCAUCCGUCGGACCCAGGGGUGCCGAACCGGGGCCGGAUCCGGAUGGGGACCCGCGAGGCAGCCCGCGAGCCGGGCCGGCCGCCAGCCCGACCCCGGUCUACGGGUCACCUGGUGGCGGCCGGCGGCGGUCCGACAAGCCCGGCAGCGCUGCCCUCACUGCCGGCUGACUUCACCAACAAACAGUUCAAGAUGCUGCGCGUCAAAAAGGCCGACGGAGACUCACUCGGGAUCUUCAUCGCCACGAACAGCAGUCACGGUUACCUCAUCGCCGAGAUGGAGCCCAACGGCGCCAUAGCCAGGGACGGCCGUUUCAAGGUGGGCGACGAACUGGUGAACGUGAACGGACGUCGGCUGCGCGGCUGUGCUCUCGAGUCGGUGCUGGACGUGCUACAGGACCCGUCGCCCGAGCUGGACAUUGUCAUAGCGCGCGACUUCCACCCGGACCGGCUGCAGCCGGCCGCGCCGCCGGCCGGUCAGCACGUGGUGGUCAUCUCUGUACCGGACACGAGCGGCGGCGGCGGCGGCGGCGGCGGCGGCGCGUCCGGCUCUCGGGACGAGCUGCUCGACGAGCCGGACGACUCGCUCGAGUACCCGGCCACGGGCUCGGAGCCGUACGACGCCUCCGAGGGGGACGAGUACCGGCGGCCCGAGUCGGUGCUGUCGGCCGUCUCGGGCUACUCGGUGUCCAGCGCGCAGUCGGUGUCGUCGGUGCGCGAGCUGCUGCGCCGGCGGCACGAGCAGAGGGCCGGCGCCCGAUCUGCCAGCUCAAAGACCGGCCGGCGGCCCAAGUCGCUCACCACUGCCCUCCUUACCGUCAAGUUUGAAAAGGGAGCCGGCAAGAAGAGUCUUGGGUUCAGUAUUGUUGGAGGCAGGGACUCGCCCAAGGGCAACAUGGGAAUCUUUGUGAAGACGGUGUUUCCCAAUGGACAGGCAGCAGAGGACAACCGGCUCAAAGAAGGUGACGAGAUUGUGGCAGUGAACGGUGAGAGCAUGCAGGGCUUGUCGCACGGCGAGGCCGUGGUGGUGUUCAAGUCGGUCCGAUCCGGACAGGUGAUCCUCCAUGUGGCCCGCCGUGAGCAACCGGCCAAACGGAGGUCGGCCAAGUCCAUGUCGUGUGACGACCUUGACCGGGUCGAGGAGUGAUUCGACUGAGAAAUGAAGCGGCACCUCGAGUGUCGCGGUGACGCUCGGCGGCGGCUCACGAGGUACCGAGAAAUGAAUGGACUGAGAAAUGAACCGUCACAGGGACUGAGACGAUGCUGCGACCGCGGGUCGGGCCGGUACAUCCAUAGGUGCGGAAGAGACAUGAAGUGCUAGGUAUAACAAAUGUGCUAGGUAAGAUGAUUAAUACACUCUUUUGUCUUGAAUUUAAUCUUCAUGAUUGAAACUCAUGCUUUCAAUACAAUUCUCUCACAUCGCCCACUAGCAUCGCAAUGAAACAAUUCAUUUCGUUCUUUAACGAGAUAUGCGCUCGAUCUGUUAUUUUGCUUCCGAUCUCUUUUCUCGCCUGAGUAGCUUCUCCCAUGACCAGUAGCAUGAUAGUCCGCGUAUAUUGUUUGAUUGAACCAUUUUGUGUGGUGCAAUAAUGCUACGUGACAGGUUUCAAGUGAACUGAAAAUGAUUGCUAGCUGGUAAAGGCUGACACUGUGAAAGUGUGGACACUGAUGUGUGUACUGAAUUUGCGGAACAGAAUGUGUUUGGAUUGUUAUUCUGCGAUUGUUAUGUUGGUCAACAACGCGUCUUUCUUCGUGUAUUGUACUUUGUGGUCAUGCUCAUACUUUUUCAUUUUAAUAUGACUUAGUUUCCUUCAUGGUAGCCUGGAAGUUCAAUAAUAUGUGUAAAAUUGUACAGAUGAUCGUAUGAACCAUACUCGAAUUAACAAGGAAACAGUAUAUCAUUUGUGUAAACGUUUACUUUGAGCGUGUGUUGUAAUUGGCAGUGGUGUUGUACAUACUUAGAAAGUGAAUAUGAUGCAGCAAUGUUCAGGUAUAAUGCGUUCUGUUUCUUUCCUGCCUUGGCCCGUCCUUUAUUUGUCUAUCACUGGAUGUCCAUCGGUUGUGUGCUGAGACAAAUACAGAGGCUAGACGAUA